CCAACGAAAACCAAAGAGAAUCAUGGGUUUCCUUUUCGGUAUGUUCGUUGGUUUCUCCAUUGGUAUUGGGUUGAUCAUUAGUUUCGCUAAAUAUGCUAAAAUCCGGUCCACUCGUCGUGCUUUUCUGGCAAGGACGGUUGCUGCAUUUGCGAGGAUGACGGUGCAAGAUUCAAGAAAAAUCCUACCGCGCCAGCUUUAUCCGCCUUGGGUUGUCUUCUCUCAGCGCCAGAAGCUAGUUUGGCUUAAUGUCCAACUUGAAAAGAUUUGGCCAUCGGUCGACGAGGCAGCAUCGGAGCUAAUAAGAGCGAGUGUUGAGCCAGUUCUGGAACAAUAUACACCAGCUAUCUUAUCGUCCAUGAAGUUUGACAAGCUGACUCUUGGUACGGUUGCACCACAAUUUACAGGUAUUUCCAUUAUUGAGAGUGAAAGUGGUGCUGAUGGAAUCACAAUGGAGAUGGAUAUGCAGUGGGAUGGUAACCCGAACAUCGUCCUUAAUAUCAACACCAAACUCGGUGUUACCCUGCCCGUGCAAGUAAAAGAUAUUGGGUUCACUGGGGUUUUCAGGUUAAUCUUCAAACCACUUGUUGAUCAGUUUCCUUGUUUUGGAGCUGUUGCCUAUUCCUUGAAAGAGAAGAGAGCUCUUGAUUUUACACUUAAAGUUGUUGGAGGUGAUCUAUCAUCAAUACCAGGAGUUUCUGAUGCAAUUGAGGAGACAAUUAGGAAUGCUAUUGAAGAUUCUAUAACAUGGCCUGUUAGGAAUAUUGUACAAAUAAUACCUGGGGAUUACAGUUUUCUGGAGCUGAAACCAGUUGGAAUAUUAGAUGUGAAGCUUGUGCAAGCCAAGGAACUAACAAAUAAGGACAUCAUUGGGAAAUCUGAUCCUUUUGCUGUCUUAUUUAUACGUCCACUUCCAGAUAAAACGAAAACCAGUAAAACCAUUGGCAAUCAAUUGAAUCCAAUUUGGAAUGAGCACUUUGAGUUCAUUGUAGAAGAUGUUUCCACACAACACUUGACUGUAAAAGUCUUUGAUGAUGAAGGAGUUCAGGAUUCUGAACUCCUUGGCUGUGCUCAAUUUCCAUUAAAGGACCUUGAGCCUGGUAAAGUGAAGGAAGUAUGGCUGAAGCUGGUCAAGGAUUUGGUGGUCCAAAGAGAUAAUAAAUACAGGGGUCAGGUGCAGCUUGAGCUCCUUUUCAACCCUUCUGGCACAGACAGCAGCUUGAAGAACCCAUUUAACCAUGAUUACUCAUUGACAUCAUUGGAAAAGGCCCUUAAACCUUCGAAUAUCGAAUUGGAGGGUAUCGAUCCCGGAAAAGCGGCUCAAAAGAAAAAAGAGGUGAUUGUUAGAGGAGUACUAUCAGUGAUAGUUAUAUCAGGUGAAAACUUGCCGCCGGUUGAUCUUAAUGGAAAGACAGACCCUUUUGUCGUCCUCACGAUGAAGAAAUCUGAGGCAAAAGCUAAGACAAGGGUAGCUAAUGAGACCUUGAAUCCUAUGUGGAACCAGACAUUCGACUUUGUAGUGGAGGAUGCAUUGCAUGAAAUGUUAAUUUUGGACAUCUUGGACCAUGACACUUUUAGGAAGGAAAAAAUCGGAAGAAUAGCGAUGACAAUGACAAGGGUGUUAUUGGAAGGGGAGUUUCAAGAGAGUUUUCCAAUAGAUGGUGCUAAAUCAGGAAAGCUUAAUCUCCAUCUAAAAUGGAGCCCUCAGCUUUUAUUCCGUGACUGUGAUACACAAUGA